GUGAAUGUGCGCGUCACUACCAUGGACGCGGAGCUGGAGUUUGCCAUACAGCCAAAUACUACAGGCAAACAGCUCUUUGAUCAGGUUGUGAAAACAAUCGGCCUUAGAGAAAUCUGGUUUUUCGGACUACAGUAUAUAGACACAAAAGGCUACUCAACAUGGCUCAAGCUCAACAAAAAGGUAUUAAGUCAAGAUGUCAAGAAGGAGACACCUUUACAAUUUAAAUUCCGUGCCAAAUUCUUCCCCGAGGAUGUCUCAGAAGAACUUAUACAAGAUAUUACACAGAAAAUGUUUUAUUUACAAGUAAAAGAUGGUAUUCUCAAUGAUGAGAUAUACUGCCCACCUGAGACCUCCGUAUUGUUGGCGUCAUACGCUUGUCAGGCCAAAUAUGGAGACUAUAAUGCAGAAGUUCACAUCGAAGGCUUCCUUGCUAAUGAACGUAUACUGCCUGAAAGAGUGUUCACCCAGCACAAGUUAACCAGAGAACAAUGGGAGGAAAGGAUCAGGAACUGGUAUGCUGAACAUAGAGGCAUGUUAAGGGAAGAUGCAAUGAUGGAAUACUUAAAGAUUGCGCAAGAUUUGGAGAUGUAUGGAGUAAAUUAUUUUGAAAUCAAGAACAAAAAAGGAACAGAUCUGCUAUUAGGUGUUGAUGCCCUUGGUCUCAAUGUAUAUGAAAGUUCAGAUAGAUUAACACCAAAAAUUGGGUUUCCAUGGAGUGAAAUCAGAAACAUAUCUUUUAACGACAAAAAGUUUGUCAUUAAACCAAUAGAUAAAAAGGCACCAGACUUUGUAUUUUAUGCACCUAGAUUACGAAUCAACAAGCGUAUAUUAGCAUUAUGUAUGGGUAACCAUGAACUUUACAUGCGUAGAAGGAAACCAGACACUAUAGAAGUACAGCAGAUGAAGGCUCAGGCAAGAGAAGAGAAAACAGCCAAACAGACAGAAAAAGCUCGCCUUGAGAUUGAGAGACAAAAACGUGAUGAUGCUGAACAGAAGAGAAAGGAACUGGAAGAAAUGUUGGCACAAUACAGGGAGGAAAGUGAACGAAACAGAGAAGCCCUAGAACAGUCAAACACUCGUAUUGAAGGCCUUCAGAAGGUUGUAGAGGAUUAUAAGCAGGCACAGGAAGAUAUUGAGAGACAGAAACGUAAAGCUGAGGAGCUAGAAGCUCAACUUGCUGAGACAGCUAAUAUGCAUGAAGAGGAGAAAGCUAGGCUGGAGAGAGAGUUCCUUGAAGCAAGAGCCGAGAUAGAAGCUAGUGAAUCUAGACUGCAGAACAAAGAUGAGGAGAUGAGUCAGAUGCAGAAUGCAUUGGCCGAGGCACAAGAACAGGCCCAGGCACUUAGCCAGGCUAUGUCACAGAUGCAUGUCAAAGAUGAGGAAAGUGAUCAAGAUCAGGAACAUGGAGAUGCUAACCUACAAGUUGAUGAGAGCUUGCAGGGUUUACCUAGACCAGAGGAAGAUAGAAUGAUCGAGAUAGAGAAGAAUCAGAGGCUACAAGAACAACUCCUGGCUUUACAAGCAGAGCUAAAGACCACCAAGGAUGAAAACAAACAGACGCGCAACGAUGUUCUACACGCUGAAAACGUAAAGCAAGGGCGUGAUAAAUAUAAAACAUUGAAGCAAAUCCGUUCUGGUAACACAAAGAAAAGAGUUGAUGAGUUUGAAUCAAUGUAAUAAUCAUAUCAUAGUAGACUGUAUAUUAUGUUGUAUAGGAAGACUGUUUGUACACCUUUCACUAAAAGAAACAAAGAAACGAGAAUGGAAGACAGGAAAUAAAACCAGGAACUUGUGCACGCCAGCUAGACAACUUUCAUAUCUCUGAUUUCAAGUAUCAUCUGAAUACAUUGUAAACAAAAUAGGAAUUUUUGAGAAAUAUUAUUUGUUAAGAGUAGACAAUAUAUAUACAUGCUUGAACGAUUUUGGCUGUUGAGAAUGUAAUUUUGUUAGUGUUUUGGGGAAAUAUAUGAUGGUUUAUAGAAGUUUUAUAUUUAUAUACUUGUGUAAACGCUAGAGAAAUAAUUUGUAUUGUUUAAUAGAGAGAUAAACUCCAGGUUGAUCAUUGGUUGUAAACCACCAAUACUGUUAAUACUUUGCUGGAUCAUUUAUGUUAGCUUUUAUAUGCAUGAUAUAGCCGGAAUGAACAAGUUCAAGUGAAAAAAUUUUUUAUCUUUUCAUGUAUUACUAAAAGAUGUAGUUCCUAUUUAGUAAAUGAAAUAUAUUUUUUAUAAUAGAAAAAAAUUGUUUAAUAUGACUCUUUGAGAGGUUUUCCACAAAGAAAUAUUUGUUGAGAUAUAUUGUUAAUGAUGAAUUUAUAUACACUGAAAGUGCUAUAAAAAUACUGCCUGUAACGAAAGUGGGACCAAUAAGAUAAUGCAGACAGUGAAAAUGUUGAAAAAAAGAUUUGAAAAAAAAGAAAAUAAAUCUCUUCCUAUUAUAAUCAUGUACAACUAAAAUGUAUUUUGUGUGCCUAUUUAUCGUUUCAAAAGGUGCAGGUAUGAGAUAAUGAUUGUGUUUUUCUAUAUCCUCUCUUAUUGUAUUCUGUUCCUGUGUUUUAUAUAAUGACGGACAUCUAUAGGUGAUUAGAGAAGUUCAGGUCUAGUUUGUAAUCUUUUAAGAUGCCAAAAUAUAUUUCCUGUGUGAACUAUGCUUGAAACUGCAGCAAACAUAUAGAAUUCAGUUUUGAUAGUGAUGUUUUAUAUGUAGAGGUAGGAGAUUCUCAAGGCUAGAACAAAGAGCACCUGUUUAUUUACUGAAUGUCAACAGUUAAUUAGUUAGUUUAAAUUAAUUGUUAAAUGAAAAUGAGAAUUUUUCAAUUUUUUCUUCUUUUCAAAGUUACUUUUACUUCCUGUAAAUGUCUUCCUCCCAAUCAUCUAGAUGCAAAAUUAAUGUAAGAGAAGAUGAGAUGUUUAGCCUUGUAGGAAUAUCUUACAAACACUGUAGAUAAUUUAUAUAGCCAGGAUCAUGUUUUCAUAAUGCACUCAGUUAAUAUAUAUUUACCCUUCUAGCAGAGUGAUUGUGUUCAAUCAUUUUUUGUAUGAACUGUUUUCGGAGAAAAAAUUGUCAUUGUUUUUUUUGAUGAUGAACAAAAAAGAUUUGGUUACCAGCUUGUAGCUUUAGACCUCUUAACCCCUUUUUUUCUGGGAAAACAGUUGAUAUGUUUGUCAUUUAUAUAACCAUGAUCAAAUUUAAUUGUUGUUCAUGUAACAUAUUGCCAGAGAAAGUUAUAUAUUUUUGUGCUAUAUUACACACACUGUUUGAUAGCUAGGUUUUGUUAAAAUUUUCAUACAUUCAUAUCUGUCAUAUUAUUGUACAGUUUGAUCCUGAAAUAAAUGGCCACCUUAAUGUACAUUAAUUGGCAUUUAAUUACUAAUUAAUAUUCCUAGAUUUUGAUAGGAAACCUUCGCUUAGCUUGUUGUAAUUCAAUGCUAAAAAUAUUAUCUGCUCAAAUACAAAGUUGGUAAACCUAUGAAUAUGUUUAACAUUUGAUAUAUUCCUUAGUUUUUGAAGUAUAUUGCGCACACUUUCUGCCUGUGAUCAUUUAGUAAAUUAUUGUAAUACAAUAUGAUAUUGUCACAGUACACAAAAAUCAAUUUUAAUAUUGAAGAAUACUAGUAAUAGAUAGUUAAAAUAUAUUUUAAUAAGUGAUUUAUACAAAUUUUCUUAAUCCAUUGAUUUGUUUUUAUGUUCCUUUAGAGAUCAGUUUCAAUUGAUCUUGAUGCUGUUUCUAAAGCGACACAAUAUUAUACAUGUAUUCACAAUGCAAAUCAUUUAAACAGAAUUGUUAACACAGUAACAUUAUUUUUAUACUAUUCUGUCCAGUAGCCUAAAACAUAUGUAAGCAGAAAAUCUCACUCCAUUUUAAACUCUUUUUAUUUCUUUGAAACAUGAACUUUUGUAACCUUAACCCAGCCCUCCUUGCUAUCUAUUCUCCUUAUUAACAUCAAAGAAUACCCAAUUACAAUGGUAUUUUCUUCCAAUAUUUAGUUUCUAUUUUGCUAAAUUUUCUUUCUGCAAGUCAUGUAUGUAUCCACCUAAAUGAUGAAAUAAAUUCUGAUAGAAAUGAUAAUUUUCUUUUGGUUCACUAAACUUAUAUUCAAAUUUCCCCAAUAUAACAUGUUCUCUAUGUUUGUAAUCUGUCUCAACCAUGCUGGUGAUAAUAUGUACAGAUUUUGCAAACCAUGAUCAACUAUGUUAUUUGAAAUACAUAAAAGACUUGUAUAGCCUAUCUUUUGAAAGCAAAACUAAUAAAUUGAAAUCAUUCCAAAAA